GCGUAAUCGACUCGCCGAUCAGAUAAAAAGUGCGCAUUAAAUGCAUUUCAAAUUAACUUAUUAGUUGGUUAGAUAAAAAAAAAUAAUCCGGGCUAAAAUGUGAACAACCGGCGGUGACGUUUUGACCUUGUGGGCGUGAACGUGUGCCAGUGCACGAGCACGAGCACGCGACACUUUGAUCGCAAGAAGACACUGCGUCGGUUGGUUAAUGUUAACGGUUAAAAGACAGAAGCAGUUUCUCAGAGUACAGAGUAACUUUUGGUACCAGGAUGGCGGACAGCGAAUCUAUCAAAAAGAUGUUGCGGUCUGUACUUCAGUCCAGUAAGGACGGUGUGUCCAUCAGCACCCUCCAGUCAGACUACCUGUUGCUGUGCGGAGAGAGUAUCCCGCUGAGGGCGCUGGGCUACUCGAACCUGAAGGACUACCUCUGCAGUAUCCCCUCUGUGGUCCGCCUGGAGAACCGCAUGGGUGAGAUAAGAUGCUUUGCAGCCGUGUGUAAAGAGACGGCUCACAUUGCCGAGCUGGUGACCAAGCAGAAGAGCUCCAAGAAAUCAGAUCGUUCUCAAAUUGUUAACUGCAAGUUGCGAUUCAAACCUUCAAACCCGUACAUGCUCAAUGUGAGGCCAAAGUCCUCUCUCCGCCAACCUACAGCCUUUGGGGCCGUUCAUUCGCAAGCAAACCGCUCUUGGUCUCAUGGAGGCAACAGCGGCUCCAGCGCUUCAGGAGACUACAGGCAGUUGGACCAGAGGUUAAGCUCUGCCACCCCAGUCGAGCACAGACAACCGGCUCCUCAACCAGCUGUCAACCAGUGUUCGAUGCCUGACAGGAAAGAGAAGAACGCGGCAAACCGUCAGAAACCCAAAGAAUGUUUCAAAGAGAAACCUCCUGAACAAGUCUCCGGGCUCAGCGAAUCCCAGCAGUCGUCUCUGUAUGACGUGGAGCUGGUGCAGAGCAGAAUAACUCAGCUCUUGAAGAAAUACCACAGUGGAUUGUGGAUGUCAAAACUACCGGAAUUGUACAGUGCAAUGUUCAAUCAGAAGCUUCACCCUCAGGUGCUCAUUGAUCUGAAAAACUGGAUGCACAUCACCAAGGUGGACCAAUCUUCUGACCGUCUGAUCUACCCCCCCGUGCCUCCUAAGCCGAAUAUUGUCCCUAUAAGAAACGCCCCCAACAUGCCACCAACAUCACCCACUGAUUCAAAAACCCUCCCCGCAGUUGUUUCUUCGCGGCCGACGACACCCGACCAACCCUCCAUCCCCUCCCCUCCUCCUCCUGUCCCCAAACGGAGAGAAACACGCCAAAACCCCUUAGCUAACCCGACCUUCCUUUAUCCUCCGCAACCUGCCGCCGCCCCUUCCCGCACACUGUUAAAUUCAGUCACUCUGCGCAGCCCGGCCCGCAACCCAGCUCUUGCUCCGCAGCUUCCCAUCUGUGUUAAUCCUGCAGCACAUUCCGACAGGGAAUUUAAACAAAAUCAGAACUUGCAUGCAAAUAACCGCAACAGAAACUGUCCGACCGUAGCAUCCAACUGGACUUGCCCUGUCCCAUGUCAUUCCUCGAAGUCUGCUGCUGCUGUGGUUUUGUCCGCUGACGUGCGCCACAGAAUAAAGGAGCUUCUGUCAAAGUACAGUCAGGGUCUGUGGGCCCACGCUUUGCCCAAGCUCUUCAUGGACACAUACAAGACGCCCUUCCCCGAAAAUAUCCUGAACAACUUGUCUGUCUUGCAAGAUAUUUUCACCGUGGAGUACCCCAUGCUGCACGACAAGAAGAAGGCCAUCUUGUACAACUCAGGAACAGCUGACCUAGAAGCCACACCAGGUCAUGAAGGCCGUCCCCUUCCCUCGGGUCUGGAGGUCCUGGGUCCUGUGGUGCCUCCCUGUCUGGUUCUUCCCUCGGAGCAGUACCCCUCUGUUCUCAUUACCAAUGUCAAGGGAAGCAAUGAUAUCACCUUAAGGUAUGUAGGUGAAAAUUACUCCGAUGCCCAGGAAGCCAUGGAGGAAGCCAUGGCGUCUUUCUACAGCCAAAGCUCCACCCACCAUCCUCUUCCUGAACCUGUUGUUGGUCAACUGGUAGCAGUCCGGUGGGAGGAUGGAGAGGAGCUGGCAAGAGCUCAGGUCAUUGGUGUCAUCCCUCCUAACCAGUAUAAGGUAUACUACGUGGACUAUGGCUUCUCUAUGGAAACCAGUGGGACUAAUCUGCUGGAGCUGCACCAGGACUUCCUCUCUCUACCCUUCCAGGCGAUUAGUGUUGGACUUGCAGGCCUAGAGGCAUUCACCUCCCAUCCAGUGGUGCUCUCUUCUUUGGACAAGUUGGCAGCCAGCAAGAUUCUGCUGAUGGAGAAAUUGGAGCCCUGUCGAGAGAAUGAGACGCCCGUUGCAGUGCUGUACGACACCUCGCAGGAUGAUGAUGUCAACAUUAACUCCAUCUGCCUGAAGGCUCUCCAGGAUGUGACCAUGAGCAACCCUCUGACUGUACAUGUAACCUAUCAGGAUGUGCGUGUCACAAAUGUGUGUGCAGAUGGUCUCCUCUACUGCCAGCUGCCCUCCAGAGGAACCACGAGACUCAGCAAGUUGCUGGAAGAAACUGAGUUUCUCUUCACUUCUCAGCUGAUGACUUCGGAGUUGCUAGUGUCCAGGCCUUUCAGUGGCAAGUUCUGUCUGUCCUGCUACAAAGGAAUGUGGUCCAGAGUGGAGAUCACCAACGUCUAUGGAAACCGAGUGAUUGAUAUCCUCUUCAUCGACUUGGGUGUCACAGCAACUGUAGAGGUCACUAAUCUCCGAGAGAUCCCCCCUCUUCUCCUCAACGACUUCGCCAUCAUCCCGCCGCAGGCCAUCAAAUGUCGCCUGGCUAACGUCACAGUUCCAGAGGGAGGCUGGAGCCCGGAGGCCGUUCUGUGGGUGAAGGAGGCUGUGAUGGGCUCCAAGGACUGUAAAAUGAGGAUCUCAAAAUUGGAGCAGCACAAAGAGGACCGGCUGGUCUACAUGGACCUCUUUGUUGGUGCCGACAGUCAGGAGCGGGACAAGAGCAUCAACCACCAGCUGGCGCAUGCAGAGUGGUGGCAGACACUCGCAGCCCACGACGACAACAACAACAGCAGCACCAGCAGCGGAGACACAGGUCUCAGUGCUCUAGUGGAGAAGUUGACUCUGGGCGGCCUGGACUCGAGCCCCAUCACCAAACCGCCAACCGCAGCUCUUCGCGGUGCAGACGUCGCCUCCACUGCUGAUGUGACUACCAAGACACUUCCACUGCCUCCCCCUCUGGAGCUGCCCCAGCCUGGUCAGAACAUGGAUGUGUUCGUCCCAGUUGCAUGUCACCCUGGUUACUUUGUGCUGCAGCCAUGGCAGGACCUGCAUAAACUGGUGGUGUUGAUGGGGGAGAUGAUGCUCUAUUAUAACCAGACGUUGAACACCAACUCGGCCCAAAGCAUCCAGAAAGGACAGAUCUACGCUGGGAAAAUAGACAAGAAUUGGCAUCGGGUGCAGGUGAAGGGGAUUCUGACCAACGGGUUGGUUUCUGUGUUCGAGUUGGACCACGGCAAACAUGAGCUGGUCCGCAGUACCCUCCUCAGGCCCCUGAUUGAGGAAUUCAGACAGCUGCCCUUCCAGGCCAUCACUGCACAACUUGCAGGUAUGACACAGAAGCAGUGGUCAGAGGAGGCCGCCAUGUUAUUCAGGAAUCACGUGGAGGAUCGGGCGCUGGUGGCCCAGGUGGAUAGCGUGGCAGAGGGGACAAGCCAGCUGUGGCGAUGCAAGUUGACCGUUUACCUGGUGGACACGUCGUUGGACAAGGACCUUUGGAUUCACAGCAUGAUGGCAGACAUCAGCAGUGAGCUGUCUUCAGCCCCCUAGGAUUCAGUCUUAAGUUUUGAGUUCAGUUGCCUGUGUGUUGCAUGCUUUAGGUUUUGUUUUCCUCUUAUGCACGCGAUGGUGUCUUAUUUUGCAGUUAAUUCGUUGUCUGUUUUUUAAAGUAAUUCAAUUUAAAUGGCUUUACUGCAUUAAUUACAUAGGUUGUUUAUAUAUGAACAUCUACAUUGCUUAUGGGAUGUUACUUCCCUAACACUUUGCUUGAAAACAAUGAACCAAAUUGUAAUAUUUCUAGUGUGAAAGACACAGAAGAUGUUCACAUGUUUUUGUUCAAUAAAAAAUUAAGCCAAAGGAGGGUGAACUUUGA